AUGUUGGCCAUCAUGAUACUACUCAUCUUCGUCGGCUGUCUCUUUUUCGUAAUUGCCUCCAUUCGAUUCAAGAAACAAUUGGCCAAACAGGAACAAGAAAUGGCAGAAUUGAGGGCUACGAGGAGACGGGAAGCCAGGGAUCGGGAAUUGGCACUGGAAGAAUUCUUGGAUGUACAAGAACAAUCAAGGCUCGAUCUUUUCAUGGAACACUUUGAGUUUCACAUGGUGCCAUCGCGGCCAAUAAGGUCGUCACGGCCAACAACGUCAACUUCAACAACAACAACUUCAACAACAACAUUGCCACUGACGCCAAGUGAUGACGACAAUGAGGAUGCCGCCAAGAGAAAGUUAUCGGACAUGGACACGACCAACAUUACACUCUCGUCGUCCUAUGACGAUGCCGAUGCUGAUGCUGAUGCUGAUACUACUGAUGAUACUGGUAGCACACGUGGCACUGAUCAUCAUUUUGACUUUCAGCAGUAUCGGAAGAAUGGGCAAGAGCCAAAGCUGGAGACUUCUCGUCAUGGCGGCACUCAAGAUGCUCCAUCCGACAGUACCGGUAAGGAUGCUGAUUCCGACGACAGCACCAAUGCACCCACUACUACUCCAGAGCAAAUUCAAGACUUGCGACAGAACGACAACAACGACAACAGCAACAACAACAAUGACAGCAACAACGACAACAGCAACAAUGACAGCAACACCAAUUCUAGUAGCAUCAUGAAUGGCAUUGCUCCAUUAUGGCUCACUUCGGCGAUUUGUCGUAGCACACUGCUGAACACUGCUGCUUCUACGGAAGCGGAAGAGGAUUGUUGCUGCAUUUGUUUGGACUCGUAUCGACCAGGCGAUACUGUCUGUUGGGGCAAACAACAACAACAACAAUUGUCGUCGCCCUCGUCGUCUUUGGUAUUGUCAAAUGACAAUGGUACAUCUACGACUGCCGAGAACAACAACAACAGCAACAGCAACAGCAGCAACAUUCAUAAGUGCCACCACAUGUUUCACAAGGAGUGUGCCUUGCAAUGGUUUCUACGAAUAAAGCAGACAAACAACCAAUGUCCCAUGUGUCGAAUCACAUUGCUGCCUUUUAUGCAACAAGAUGACAAAAAAGCCCAAGAAUCAUCCACAUCAUUGCCACUUAUUAUUGGUGCGGAGGAUCAUCAUCAACAACAACAACAACAACAAGUAGUUACUACGAACAGCAGCAACAACACUGCCAUUGCUACUGAUACUUCUGGCGCCCAAGAAACUAACACUGCCGAUGAUACUGCUGGUACCGUGGUGGAUGUUGAAGCACAAAUCUGA